GGUAAUGGCCGAAAUGGGCCACUUUUCGAUGGUCGCUGUAUUUGCAGCGCUUAUAUUUCUGACAUGGAGAGAUCUAACACACACAGAAACGACACAUGAUGUACACAAAGACAUCAAAGCUCCUAAGUUUGCUAAAAUGGCAGCACCAACGAUCAAAUUUUUGUUUUGUUACUCCUGAGGGUACCGGAAGGUCUAUGACCAGUAUUUCCAUGCUCUUCAAGAGCGCUUUCCGUCUUUAAUCGUUGAGGGUGACAAUUAUCCGCCGCCCUCCGGUAAAGCCGCAAUAGCACAAUUUCUAAGUAUAGCAAAGCUCUUAAUCAUUGCCAUGAUCGUAUCAGGACAGAACCCCUUCCCCCACCUCAACAUGGAGACUCCAAGCAUAUUCACUUGGGCUAUCUCAAACAAGAUCUAUGCCUGUUUAAUGAUAUUCUUCAUCAGCAAUGCAAUAGAAGGACAAAUGAUAUCUACAGGUGCCUUUGAAGUUACAUUUAAUGAUGUCCCUAUCUGGUCUAAGCUACAAACAGGAAGAAUCCCAGCCCCAGGAGAGAUGUUCCAGAUCAUUGAAAACCAAAUGAAUUUAAACCCUAAUCAGCCCACGUAGAAUAUGUAGUAGUUCUGAUAUCGUACCUGCUCAGCAUAAGUACAGGAAUUUGGAACACAGAUGUUGGCAUUGAUUAUAUGACAUUGAGUCCUCUCAUGAAAUCUGAAGAAUGACGGUCUUUGUUGAAAACAGCUAUGCUGUCUACAAGGAACCUGAGGAGCCUAUCAGAUGAAGUGUUGCAUUCAUUGUCAACCAAUCACUGACAAGAUCUGUGUCAGUUCUUGUCCUUAUGUUGUCAUGGUUGAAAAGAGAGAUAUUUACAAGACUUCAAGAAUACAACAGAUAAUAUGUGCAAUUUUAUUAAGUUCUGUAAACCUGCGGUCAGUCCAGACUGCUGCACCAAUACACAUGCAAACACUCUGUGCUGUUAUAACAGAUGAUUUCUUGUACAGAAUUGUGGUCUCAAGUUGUGAAAGCUGGUGAAUGCAUUGUGAUACUAAUAGAGAUGGAAGAAAUCAAACUGUCAAGUGACACACACAUGUGUAAUUUGUGAUAACAUAACAUUCAACCAGCAUUGUUACAGGUGAUAUGAAUAGUGACCACAUCAAGCAGUUAAUGUGACAAUAUUGUCCUUUCAAUAGUUACUAUGUAUAUCUCAAACUUGAUAUGUUUUUACAAUUUAAAUUAUAGUAAAACAAUAAUAGAAAGUGUUCACACUAUCAGUGGACAGAAUAUGUUUGAAUUAUCUGCCAAUCUGAACUGAUUGGAGGUUUACAGGAACAAGCAAGUAUUUUGUGAAUUGUUUGUGAUGAUUGAGAAUGAUUAGAAAAUUGAAUACAUUAUAUCCAGAGAACCAGGGAAUUCUCACCUGGAAAUCACCUGUAUAUAUAAAAAAAAAGAAAAAAAAUUGUCCUGAGUCCUAGAAACAUUUAGGUCUAUAAAGACAUAGUGUAUGUAAUAUAUGGUAUAAUUACAUUGGUUUUUCAAAGAAUUUUUUUUUCUUUUCCACUAUUACAUCUUGAUUCAUAUCUGAAAAUGUUCAUUAUAUUAAAAAUUAAAUGAAAUUCAAAACAAGGUUUUAAAAAAUCUUGAUUUUGGCUUAGUUUCAUGAACAAAAAAUAAAAGAAUUAAUUUUGGAGAAAAAUUAUGAUGAAAAAUAACAUUUAAAUAUUUUUUUUGUCAGAAAAAGAAUUAUUGAAAAGUGUGUUUUUUGUGUAAAUUUAUUGUGUCACAAUUCGUUCAAGUUUGAAGCACAACAGAUGAGCAGGACACAAUUUUCACUUUUGAUACACUGUUUCAACUUAGUUUUAUGUAAUAGUAAUCUUGCUUGUAUGAGUCAGAGACAUGUUUAGGGAUGACGGUUGUAAAGAAUAGUGGACAAGGUGAGUAUAUGUGAGGUUUUUGAUGUUAUUGUAAAACUGUAUGUGUUAUAUUAGUGUCAGAAUUACACGAAGAGUUCUAUAAAUAAUGUGUAGUAAAAUGACUUAUAAUCAGCUCAGUUGUAGGUUAAAAUGUGCAUAUGUUAUCUAUUUAAGAAAUGGUAAUAGUAAUGUAAAUCAGUGAAGUCUUUUUGUGUAUAAAUUAAAAUAUUCAGUUACUGAGUCUUAGUGGUAUUGACUCGUUAUUCAAUCACAGAGUCUGGAUAGUUGUAUAAAUUAAAUAUUUGUUCAGUGAGUCUUGAUGAUUGUAUAGACUGAUUGUAUAAAUUAUAUAUUCAGUCACCAUGUCUGAGUAAAUGUACAGACAACCAGUAAAUAUUCAGUCACUGAAUCUAGGCAGAUGUAUGGACUAAAUAUAUUGAGGGAAAAAAAAUUAAUUUACAUUUGAAAUAUGAUGUUUCCUUUGUCCAAAAUGUUUUGAAUAAUUCAUCAAAGUAGAUUUUGUCCUACACAGUAUUGUGGUUUUUUCCAGAAAUGAAAAUAAGCAUUUUCCCCUGUCUUUUUCCCUAUUAAAACUUGGUACCUCUUUUUUUCCACCGGAACGGCUUUGAUGUCUUGCUAUCUAUAUCAUCAUACUGAGGCUUAUAAUAUUUAUGCAAUAUCAUGUUUUAUGUAACAUUCUACUCCAGCAAUCCAUCGACUGAGUUGGAUAAAAAAAAAACUAAAAAAUUCCAUUCUGAUAAUGCCAUGUCAAAGACUUAAGAAAAUAACAUUUUCAGCAAAUAUUUUUGCAGGUUUAUGUACUGCAGCAUUCAUGCACAUUGGCUACUCUUAAUUAGAAUGUAAAUAAGAAGUUUAGUAUGUAUUAGGGGAGGAAUAAGAGGUAAUUUAUGCAUUCUUUUAUUUUUCAUUCUUUCUACAUGAAUAUUCUCAUUAGCAUGACAAGCUAGUUGUCAGAGCUUGCACUUUGACACCAUCUGUAGCUAUGUCGACCGAAGCUCGGUAGACUAGAGCUGAUUUUUGUAAGCCAAAUGUAUUUGUAGUUUUGAAGAUAACCUGAUUCCCAUGGGCAUUGCAAUCUGACUCAGACUCUUAAUUCUUGGAAUAAAGCUGUUUUUGCAGAACCAGGUGAAUUUCAAGUGUGAUAUCAUUUGAAACUUGGAUAUAUCAUUUGGUGCUAUUGAUUUACAUAUUUCUUGCCCUUCUCUUGAACAUCGGUUUGAUCAAGCAUUUGUCAUGACUUUGAUGUAGAUGGAUGUCUGAUAUUUUGGAAAGUUUCAGCAGGUAUAUUACUCAAGACAAUCAAAGCCUGUAUUAAGAUGGUUUCUCUAUGAUGUAGGUAUAUAUAUUCAGAAAGUUAACGUGCGCUACAACUGUAUUUCAGAUUAGCACCACAAACAUGUGCACAACACUUUUAAUUUCUCCUGUAAGUUUUGAUUAAAAUUAUGAUUGUCAUGGUAUUCUUAAAUUACGAUAUCUAUUUUGAUUUCAACAAAGUUGUUCACCUAAUCAAGAAAAUAGGUAUUUUUCAGCCAUUGUUAAAUUGCUAUUUGAUACUUGGCCUGAAGAUUUACAGUUUAAGACAGUUGCUACAGUACACUCACACUCAACCUCUGGAAUAGCAUAUUAAUGUAUGCACUGCUGUUACCAACACAGAGACCUUCAUUUCAAAUUGAAUUUAGUUCUUUGUGCAAUACUUGUACUGUCAGCUAUAAAAUAUGACUAUCUGCAACUGUGCUUACAAAAAACAAGAAAUACAAAGAAUUGUGGUGUUGACAUCCAAUUGUAUUGUUUCACUGCCAAUUAUACUGUAUAAAUAUGAAAAAUGAGUCUCUAACAUUACAUUCCAUAUAGGUUAUAACAACAUUAUUACUCGCUAUAUUUUCAGUCAGAGUAAAAAUACAAAUUUGCUGAGAAAUGGAUUCACAUUUUCCUUAUUUUAAAAAUUUUAAAAGCUAUAUAUUUCCCUCAAUUUAAACUCUCAUAUCGAGUGCUAUAAGACGAAAGAUUGCAAAUAUAAUGGGAUUGAAGAGGUCAUUCACUUUACAGGAACCUUUAAUUAUUCCUCAAUAUUGGUUUUCAAUGCCAAUCAUUGUGGAGAGUUCAAUAGAUAUUGUAUUUGUAACAUAAUAUCAAUCUCACAUGUUCAUUAUGUUAUUAUUUAAUUUGAAAAUCAAAGGAUGGAGGUAUGUUUUAAUUUUCUUUACCUUUUUGCUGCUUUCAUUACUGAAUAAUCAGUUGGUAUAUACAUCAAUUUUUUGCUGUCUUUUUUCUCUCUGCAUGAAUGUUUUAUAAUCAAGAAUUUUUCUCAUACACAACACCGAUAUGCAAAAAUCAUCCGAUCAAAAGACUCAUGAUUGUGAUGAUAAACUUGUAUUUAAAACAUCACAUUACAAAACACCUAAUUUUUUGUGGUGUAAUAAACGAUAAAAAAACUCUUGUGUGUAUAUGGUUGGUUUGUUUGAACUGUGAAGGAUUUUUAUUUGGAUACAAGGGAUGAUAUCUUAUCUUCAUAUUUUUCCUUAGCUGACGUUAGUCGCUUAUGCCAAAAAAAGCUAGAAUAAGUAAAAUUUGUCAGUAAAGGUAACAAUCUUCAGUAUGAAGACUUUAGCUUUGCGCAGUUUUGAAAUUCUCUCCAUGUACCAGGUUAUGUAAGGUAUAUAUUCUUCUCUUUAUUAAAAAUAUAUAAUUUUGUGAUUCUGA